AUGCUGGAUUUGUCAUUCCCACCCCCCAAUAUGUUGGGGUGGAGCAGGUGGAUCAAUUAUAUCAACCCUGUUGGCUACGUUUUUGAGUCUUUGAUGGUGAACGAAUUUCAUGGUCGUGAUUUCAGGUGCACGAAUUUUGUUCCGUCUGGUAUCUCUUAUGGCGAUGUUCCAUUAAAUGAAAAGGUUUGUCAUACUGUCGGAGCACGUUCUGGAUCUUCUAUCGUAUUGGGAACUGAUUACCUUGCAUCUCAGUACAAAUACUACAAUGGCCAUAAGUGGAGAAAUUUUGGAAUUUCUGUGGGCUUUGCAGUUUUUUUCUUGGUUGUGUACGUCAUAUUAGCUGAAGGUAAUAAGGGAGCGUUGCAAAAAGGUGAAAUUGCCUUGUUUUUAAGAGGCUCUUUGAAGAAACACAAGAAAGAAAAUUCUGCUAAAGCGAGUUAUGCUCGAGACAUAGAGGCUUUUCCAACCGAAGAAAAAGUGGAAAUGAAGGAUGUUUUGGAGUCACAGAAGUAUACCGCUGAUAACUCCUCCUCCUCCGACAAUUUACCAGAAGACGUCAACAUUUUUCACUGGAGAAAUCUCACUUACGAAGUCAAGAUCAAGUCUGAAACAAGAGUCAUAUUGGAUCACGUUGAUGGAUGGGUCAAGCCUGGUCAGUUGACUGCGUUAAUGGGAUCUUCUGGAGCUGGUAAGACCACUCUAUUGAACUGUUUAUCCGAACGUGUUACCACAGGUGUCAUUCCUGAUGGUGUUAGAAUGGUCAAUGGUCACUCAUUGGAUUCCUCAUUCCAGAGAUCCAUUGGAUAUGUUCAACAACAAGAUUUGCACUUGGCAACGUCUACAGUUCGUGAAGCAUUGCGUUUCUCUGCCUACUUAAGACAACCAAAUUCAGUUUCCAAAGCAGAAAAAAGCGACUAUGUGGAGUAUAUCAUCGAUUUAUUGGAUAUGACCACCUAUGCUGACGCUUUGGUUGGUGUUGCUGGUGAAGGUUUGAAUGUGGAGCAACGUAAACGGUUGACCAUUGGUGUCGAGUUGGUUGCGAAACCUAAAUUGUUGUUGUUCUUGGAUGAACCAACGUCUGGUCUUGAUUCUCAAACUGCCUGGUCUAUUUGUCAAUUGAUGAGAAAGCUUGCGGAUCGGUGGUCAGGCCAUCUUGUGUACUAUCCAUCAACCAUCUGCUAUUUUGUUGAAGGAGUUUGA